UGUCCUAUAACCAACUCCACCUAAGGCCGGUUUUUAGUGCUAGAAGCUCUCUUCACGUCUGUCUUUUUAUCUCUUACUUUCUAAAACAAACAAAACAAGCAACAGCUCUCUCAUCUCAGUCUCAGCAUUCACUCAUCAGUCUCUUGAAAUCUCUGAUUCAAAGUUCUAACUCAGUCUUUACAUUUCACUUCGCGCGUCCUCAUCUUCGUCGAUAAUCAUCUUUUGAAACUUGGGAUUUGUACCAUUUAUACAGUUUAUAGGUCUUUCUUUUGUUACCCAGAACAGAAUUCCCUUCUCCAAACUCCUUAUUGCGUUCCCUUUCAUAUUCUCUCGUCCUUAUAAAAGAUAUUCCACUUUCUAGCUUGUUGUUAUGUCAUUUAAAUAUAGUCUUUGUUAGGUUUUAUCCAAUAUUAAUAGUUUCUUCUUUGAUAAGAAAACCUAGAUCCUUGACCUUGGAAUUGUGUCAGAACUUCCCAUUUAGUAUUGGGCUUGAAUGUUUUUUCUUGUUUUCUUGAAGAGGUUGAAGAAAUGGCAAUUGAAUUAUGUUCAGAUAAUUCUGCUGGUAUCAGUCCAAGAAUUUCUUUUUCUCAUGACCUGUGUCUUUCAGAUACUAUUCCUGUUGAGCAACGCCCCCUUCGAUCAAACUCUGUGAGCAGCAUCGAUUUUGACUUCUGUACUCGCAAGAGCUUCGAUCAAGAAUCAUCACCAGCAGAUGAGCUUUUCUCAGAUGGAAAGAUCCUUCCUACAGUAAUCAAGAAAAAGAGUGCCCCUACGAAGCAGAUGGAUCAGUCUUCAUCACCUCCACCACAUGCUCUACGCGAAGAUAUUUCAAGCAUGAAUAUUAAAGAGGGGAUGAAGGAAAUGAAGGGUGAAAGUGAUGAAUUGACAGAGGAAAAGCGAAUUUCGAAGUCAUUUUGGCGGUUCAAGAGGAGUAGCAGUUUGAAUUGUGUGAGUGGCUAUGGAAGAAGCUUAUGCCCUUUACCACUUCUAUCAAGAAGCAACUCUACUGGGUCUGCUCCUAGCAGCGUAAAGAGGGUGCCAUUGUCAAGAGAUGGCUAUAGUAGUUAUAAUCAUAAGCAGCGCAAACAAGCAGUCAUGAAGCAUCAAUCAUCAUCAUCUUCAACCAGUUACCUAAAACCUCCAUUAAAGAAGAACUAUGGAUCUUAUGGCAAUGGAGUUCGCGUUAAUCCUGUGUUGAAUGUUCCAUCAGGGAAUCUAUUUGGCUUGGGUUCAAUCUUCUUCAAUGGCAAAGAUAAGAACAAGAAGAAGUGAUUGAUAUAUAUUUGCUCUAAUCAGAAAGGAACUGUAUAUGAUUCAGUCCAAAUUGCAUAUUAUCAUAAUUUCUUUUCUUUUU